UGGGGUGAGGCACCUCUCCUCUGCCCUAAGAGCAUUAGCUGUGGAGUGUUCUGGUGGUGACAGGGCUGUCAGGGUCAGAUGGCUGCUCAGCCUGAUUAGACCAGCUCCCAGCAGAUCCCCAGCCCGCCACACUGCACUGCCACAAGCAAGGUAGAGCAACCAAGUGGCACGUACAGAACGUGGCAGUGGUUACUGAGCAGGUCAGAAGGAGCAGAGAGAGAGAGAGAGAGGGAGGGAGAGAGAGAGAGAAAGGUGCAUAGUUCAGUGUCAUACUCAGGCACAGCUACAGGUUGCUGCAGACUUCUCACUGGUGGACGUCCAGAAUCAAAAAACUGGUUGACUGGUUGACUUUACUGUGGCAGAGAGGCAGAAGAAGUGAUGUUUAGUCUGUGUUUGGAGAUGACACUGAAGAGCUAAGCGGGCUUUGGUGUAACUGCCAGUCGUACUUUGUGGAUUUCCCUGUUCGGCAGCCAAGCUGUCCACUGAGAACCGCUGGUUGAUGGAGUUUGUGCGACAAAGUGGAGACUACUGCCACGCCCAACACAUUUAGACCCUCUUCAGGAAGAUGCUGCACCACGCCGACCUGGGGCCAUAAACCCUGAAGGACCACUGGCCUUUGUCUUCUGAACCUGCCAGCUCAUGGGUUAACAAGCAGCUCCUCCAGACUGGAAGCGAUCCGGAGAGUGAAGGAAAGAGGGAGCGACUGAGAGAGGCAAAGGACACGGUCAAACAAAAACAAAGAGAAAAGUGACACAUUGUAGCCUCCUGGACUACGUAAUACAAUCAGCUGAUGGGAAAACCAUCACAGCCGCAGGACUUCAGACAUCAGAGGAAACCUUUCAAAGGUUAAGAACUGACAGGAAGUCCAGACGUUUCUGAAGAGUGAAAACAGUUGGAGACACAGCAGGUUACUGCUGCACCUGGAGCUAAAGGUCAGAGGUUCUUCUGGGAUGUCAAAGGUCGCACUGGCCACCAUGAACCGUCCGGCUCCGGUGGAACUGUGCCACAAAAACAUGAGGUUUCUCAUCACGCAUAACCCGACAGACAGCACCCUCAACUCCUUUAUAGAGGAUUUGAAGCGGUAUGGUGCCACGACGGUGGUCCGAGUCUGCGACGUCACCUACGAUAAAACACCCCUGGAAAAAGACGGCAUCACUGUGGUGGACUGGCCUUUUGAUGAUGGGGCCCCCCCGCCCAGUAAGCUGGUCGAUGACUGGCUGAGUCUGCUGAAGAAGAAAUUUCAGGAGGAUCCUGGAAGCUGUGUAGCCGUUCACUGUGUGGCAGGACUGGGAAGGGCUCCUGUGCUUGUUGCUUUGGCUCUGAUCGAAAGUGGGAUGAAGUACGAGGAUGCCAUUCAACUCAUCAGACAGAAACGUCGUGGAGCGAUCAACAGUAAACAGCUCACCUAUCUGGAGAAAUACCGAUCAAAGCAAAGACUCCGCUUCAAAGACUCUCACACACACAAGAAUAAGUGUUGCAUCAUGUGAACACACUCCGAGGCAUGUGUGCACACAAAUGCACACACAGCGUUCAUUCAUCUUGUCAUCCUCAAUAAACUCCUCAGGAAUCUGAUCGUACAAACCACAAGUGAUACCGGUAUUCGCAGACUCAGAAAUAGAGAACCUUCAUCAGCUUCUUGUGUGUGUGUGUGUGUUGGAAAAAUGUUAUUUUCUUUUUGUUUUGUUGUUUGUCAUUUUUUUGUUGUUGUUGGUUUGCUGCAUUAUACAGCCGACAGUGUGAGGAUUUAAGGAAAGGAUUAUACAUGCUCCGUAUCACAAAUCUUGUCUGGACCCAUGGGGACACGAAAAAAGAUACAGACUGAGACAUAUUUGUUUUAUGCUGAUUGCUUGUCAACACUCAAACCCAAAUCAACCUCAGCAUGUUUGAACGUCAGGGUAUAAAGUUUUUGUAACAGUCACUUUGAGAAUAUUUUAUGACAAGAGAAACCCUCUGAGACACUUUUGGAAGACUUAUUUUUAUAUUACCCGUAUUCCUUCCAGUUUCUCUUGUCUUUCUGUAUUGAAAAUAAUACAAGGGCUCAUCUUCAGCACAGACUUUUCUGCCUUCGGGCAACAGGUACAAUAAAAGUCAGUUUCCUCAAAGCAGCAUAAAUUAUUAUUUUUUUCACUUUCAUUGUUUCAUUAUGGCUUUUUACACUGUGCUCAAUUCAUUCAUGUGUUUACAUAUCUGGGUGUGCUUUAUGUUAUGCUUUGUUUACUGACAAAGAGAGUUUGUUUGCAGCAUCUGAACGCCAGACAAAUUUCCACGUAUUUGUAAGAUAACAGAAGAAAUAAAUGUAUAUUAAACACAUUAUAAAUUUACAAAAAGGUGUAAUUUAGUUGUAAAUAAUAAUAUUUGAGGUAAGUAAUUCACCACUUUAUUCUUCUUGAGGUUAGGGUGACGUAAACUUCCCCUUCAAUGAGCAUAUGUCUUUAACUGUUAUCUUUAAGUGUCGACACUUUGUUUUGAUCGUCAGCUGAUGAGCUUGCCUGGUUAUGUGGUUUUAAUUUACAGCCAAUUUAUGACUCUAAUAUUCAGAGACUGCAGUUUAGAUUUGAAAUCAACACAACUAUUGGAUGUGCAUCGUCACGCUGGUUAGACCAGGCAAAGUUUCAUACACGUAUUGAAAUGUUCACUUGUCUUUUAUUUGUAUUGUUCUUGAAUGAUGUGUGUAAACAACUGCUUUUGUAAGCUCAUUUUAAAAGGAGUGGUAAAUCAAUUUUCCUGAAGAACGAGCAUGCACUUUUUUAAUUUCUGCUGUUUAUCAUAGAUUCAUCCAACUUUAAAAAUGUCUUCAACUUCAAAAGAUGUUUAGAAUGACUGUACAGCAGACACAGUUAGGCAGUCUUUAUCAUAAAGCAUUUAUCGAAUCAUGGAUGAUAUAUAUCUUGUUCAUAUAAUGUGUGCAUGACAUUGUGUGAGAGAAAGACAAUUUUUAGAUUUUACUGAUCACUGGGACUGACCUGAGCAGACACUUUUUUUAAAUAUAUGAAACAAGCUGUCACUGUCUGUAUGUCUGUACAUUUUUGCAUUGUUUAAUAAAGGUUUUGCCAUUGU